UUGCCUGUCCAUCGCGACGAUGCGCACACAUCCGCUGUACACAUUCGCUGUGUGUAGGUACUAAUAUUGUAGGAGACGGAUGAUUUUUGCAUAACAUUUCACCACGCUUGUACGCCAUCACGUCAUACGUCUGUUUGUGUAUUCCAACGGCAGAUCUACGAGAUCGGAUCCGAUCAAACGAAAUGGACACCUACCUCUUAACUUACAAGUGUUUAUAAUCAAAAUGAUAAAUCCUCUCAAGACGGUUAGCGUGAAGCGCUCUGUAUGUUUUUCGCUGUAUAGCCCACAUCCAAGAGUUGUCUUUCCGUUGAAAGUCAUAAUAACGAUUUGGAUUCGAUGCAUUACUGACCUAGUGUGAGAGUAUGCCGGUUAAUGCUAGUACUGCACCAGGGUAUACUUUCAAUCUAAAUAAUUCUCUUUUUCGAACUAACAGUUUUUGUCCCUCAUCUUUUUAUGUCGCCAAAUUGUUUAUGUUAUUUUUUACGAAUGUAAUAUCGCCAGUUUCAUAGCGUUUCCGUAACUAAAUCUGCACCGAGUACUAAGCCGAAAAUUAAUUAUGCGAUCCGUUCUGUGAGUUGCCCAACGGAAAAUGUAUAAAUGGAUAUUUUAUCUCAUGUGUAUUUUACCGGCAAGAGGCCAGUCACGGUCCGGGAAUCGUCAGACCGCCGACAGCACAUUUGCCGGUAGCAAUCCUUUUUUGGACUUUGUGGCCAGCCUUGCGUACGAUCAAGAUUUAUCCGUGCAGCUGGCGACGGCGCUGUCGUCUCACCGCGAAGUGUUCCUCGUGUUCAACAACAUCCGGCCCAGUCCCGUGGCCUCCGGUCCGCAAGCCUUGCUGGCCUUGGAUUCGCAGUUGUAUGGAGAUAAAAUACGCUCGUUCCAUAUACUGCUCGAUCGGCGUCAACAAAAACUGUCCUUCUUAUUCCGCUCUAAGCAAAUUCGUGGCAGUAGUGUUUCGAUUUCACUGCCACAUCUGACAGAAACCUCCGAAAUUAACCACAUAAUUGUCCGCGUCAAUCAGGCCGACCGGCAAAAGAGUCUGCUGCAGGUCUUCGUGGAUUGCAAACCAUACGGAACUGUCUCCAUCCCGCAUUCUUUCAAGGAUUUCGGCACUUUGGAAGCCACUGUUCGAAUAAACCGAAGCGCUCCUUUAACGCUCGUUUCGGGUACGAGUGCCGAUGAUGUACUGCGACGCCUGGGCUGUAAAGACCCCGCCCAACAGGACCAUGUUACGCCAACCAGGAAACCGGCGACACGCGCGGUUCGUCCGCCUAACAAUGAAAUGUGGAUGUCCUGUGAUAACAAUCGAACUAUUGAUCCGGCACUGGCCAGUACAAUUUCCGAAACGCGCCACGGAAUGCAGUCCAUGCACAAGGAUAUGAAUGAUUUGCGCCACGAAAUGAAGCUGUUGCUGCGGGAGAUUCAGGAUUUGCGUCGUAUGAUCGAGGAAUGCGAACUCUGCGCACUAAAAGAUAAACCGGAUCACUGUGCAUCAAAUCCCUGUUUUCCGGGUGUCCAGUGUCAGUCGCUGGACGACACAUACCGGUGCGGCCCAUGCCCACCCGGAUUUACUGGGGACGGACGGUCUUGUCAGCCGGAUUAUUGCAAUCCUAAUCCAUGUCAUCCAGGGGUGGCGUGCCAGUCGGCACAUGACGGACCACGCUGCGGGCCAUGUCCACAGGGAACGACUGGCGAUGGGCGCGAAUGCCGGCGAGAUCUGUGCCAACCGAACCCGUGUUUCCCUGGUGUUGAUUGCCGACAGCACGGUGAUGCUUACACUUGUGGACCGUGUCCGAGUGGUUACUCAGGCGACGGCAAGCACUGUAACCGAAUGACCACUUGUGCCGAUCGACCGUGCUUUGAAGGCGUCCAGUGCUUUGACACUUCUGACGGGUUUCGCUGUGGCUCGUGCCCAGAAGGUUACACGGGCAACGGCACACACUGCGACGACAUUGACGAAUGCCAGCAAGCCCAUCCUUGCCAUUCCACCACACAGUGCCACAAUCGCCGCCCGGGUUACCACUGCACCGCCUGCCCAGCCGGCUAUCAAGGGGGCGCAGUCAACGGACAGGGCCUCAACGAUGCGCGCCGGCCGCAGCAGUGCGACGAUAUCGACGAAUGCCGGAUCAACAACGGCGGCUGCGUUCCGCACUCGCAGUGCUUGAACAGCGACGGCUCGUUCCGCUGCGGACACUGCAAUCCGGGCUACGUUGGUGACCAGUCCAGCGGCUGCCGGAAGGCCGAGGGCCUGUGUCCGGACGGGGUGACCCUGUGCGAUAAGAAUGCGCACUGUGUGCAGCGUCGCGGGCAACCAGGGUACGGAUGCGAAUGUAAAGUGGGAUUCGCGGGCGAUGGGAAGAUGUGCGGACGGGAUUCGGAUCUGGAUGGAUUCCCGGAUAAUGCCCUGCCCUGCAAUGAACUGCAUUGUCGGCAGGAUAACUGUCCAGUAGUGCCCAACAGCGGACAGGAAGAUGCCGACCUGGACGGGAUGGGCGAUCAGUGCGAUCCCGAUCCGGAUAACGACGGAAUUUUAAGCUCGGAGAAUGGAGUGGACAACUGUCCGUUGCGCUCCAAUCCCGGCCAGGAGAACUCGGAAGCGGAAGGAUCGGAUAAGUACGGGGAUGCCUGUGAUAAUUGUCCCUAUGUGGCAAAUCCUAGCCAGACUGAUACGGAUGGCGAUGGAAUGGGCGAUGAAUGUGAUCCUGAUGCAGACAACGACGGCGUUCUGAACAAAGCCGACAACUGUCCGUUGGUCGUCAACACCGAUCAGCUGGAUGCUGACAAGGACGGACUCGGCGAUGCCUGUGACAACUGCCCAAGCGUACCAAAUCCGGAUCAGAAAGACAAGGAUAAGGACCGAGUCGGUGAUGUUUGCGAUACCAACGAUGAUCGCGAUCGCGAUGGCAUCCAAGAUUCCAUCGAUAACUGUCCGACAUUCCCGAACAGUGACCAGCUAGACACUGACGCUGAUGGGAAAGGUGACCCGUGUGAUGACGACAAAGACGGUGAUGCUGUAUUGAAUCCCCAGGAUAACUGUCCACUGGUCAGUAACCCCGGCCAACAAGACUACGACGGUGACGGAAAGGGCGAUGCGUGCGACGAAGACUGGGACGGCGACGGCGUGGUCGACCGUUUCGACGUAUGCCCGGAUAACAAGAAGAUCUACAAAACCGAUUUCCGUACCUACCAGACAAUCGCCCUGGACCCGGAGGGCGAAUCCCAGGUGGAUCCCUUAUGGAUUAUCCUCAACGAGGGCGCCGAGAUCUACCAGACCCUGAACAGUGACCCCGGUCUGGCGGUGGGCUUCGACGCGUUCAGCGGUGUGGAUUUUGGCGGGACGUUCUUUGUCAACACGAACAUUGACGAUGAUUAUGCCGGGUUCGUCUUCUCCUUCCAGGAUAAUUCGCAUUUCUACGCGGUGAUGUGGAAGAAAGCCAAGCAAGCCUACUGGCACGAGACGCCGUUUCCGGCGGCAGCCGAACCGGGAAUUCAGCUGAAGUUGGUCAAUUCCCAGACCGGUCCCGGACAGAUGCUGCGCAACGCCCUGUGGCAUACCGGCAACACCACCAACGAAGUGGUGCUGUUGUGGAAGGAUCCGCGCAAUAUCGGAUGGAAGGAGAAAACGGCAUAUCGAUGGGAAUUAGUUCAUCGCCCGCGAAUGGAUCUGAUAAGAGUACGCUUUUUCGAAGGAACGGAAAUGGUUGCCGACUCUGGAAACAUCUACGACUCUACGCUGCGAGGAGGCCGUUUAGGUGUCUAUUGCUUUUCCCAAGAGUCGGUUAUUUGGUCAGAUCUGAUCUACCGAUGCAAUGAAAACAUGCCUUCAUUUAGUGGCUUGAAUAUACCUUUCAAGACCUCGGACAAUUCUAGCCUGAAUAUCAGCUUCGACAACCAAAUUCCCAUUCAGUAAUUAUGCAGCGACCACCAGAAAUUCACCAAUACUUUUUUUAAAAUUUUAACGGUGAAGGAAUAAAUUUUGUACUACAGUUCACUACGGCUCAUGCUCUAGUCGGAUAUCAGUAAGAUUAACUGCUGUGCCAUGCAGUAUAGACAGGACUUACUGUUGACGAGUGUCUGAAAGGUGUUUUUUUUUCGUGGGGUGACGUUAUGUAAAUUAUGUCCAUUGUCAAAUUGUUCGUGGGUUAUGCAAAUGGG